GUGGGCUUGCCCGAAGCCGCCCCCCAGGGGAUGCUGGGCGCCGCCCCCUCCGUGAAGAUGGAGGCGCACGAGUUGAGCGAGUGGAGCUACUUUCCAGAGGCUUCAGAGGUCUACCCACCGGUGACACCGAUGAGCACAAUGACCCCACUCAACUCCUACAUGACCCUGAGCCCCCUGAGCCCCCCAUACCCACCUCCUGGCCUCCCAGCCUCACCCCUUCCAGCUGGCCCCCUGGCCCCAACAGCCCCCCCAGCACCUCUGGGACCUCCAUUCCCGGCUCUGGGACCCAGCGGGGGCAGCGGAGGGGGGCCUGGGUAUGCCGGCCCGGGACCUGUGUUGGGUCGGCCGAAGGAGGCCCCGAAGGGCAGUUACCGUCGUCCUCUGGCCCAUGCCAAACCCCCAUACUCCUACAUCUCCCUUAUCACCAUGGCUAUCCAGCAGGCCCCUGGCAAGAUGCUGACCCUGAACGAGAUUUAUCAGUGGAUUAUGGACCUGUUCCCUUACUACCGAGAGAACCAGCAGCGAUGGCAGAACUCCAUCCGCCACUCACUAUCCUUCAAUGAUUGCUUUGUCAAGGUGGCCCGAUCCCCGGACAAGCCCGGCAAAGGCUCUUACUGGGCCCUCCACCCAGGUUCCGGCAACAUGUUUGAGAAUGGCUGCUAUCUCCGGCGGCAGAAACGCUUUAAGCUGGAGGAGAAAGUCAAGAAAGCUGAUGGCGGGGGUGGGGGGCCAGGUGGCCGGGGAGCUGCCGGGGCUGCCUCAGCCGCCUUGUCCUCCUCCCCACCUCCACCGACUGGGCCCCCUGCCCCAGAGGCAGACGCCCCGGGUGGGGGGGAGGGAACAGCAGGGACCCUGAACUGCGGCUCGCCCCCAUCCUCGGCGGGGCCCUUUUUCCCUGGCUUGGAGCUCCCCAGUGAGCUGAAGCUGGACGUCCCUUAUAACUUCAACCACCCCUUCUCUAUCAGUAACCUGAUGUCGGAGCAGGCGGCGCCAACUCCGCUGCCUCAGACAGCUCCCAAGCUGGACGUGGGUUUCCCUGGCUAUGGGGCAGAGGGUGGGGGUGGACUUGGUGAGGCUAGUGUUUACUACCAGGGCCUGUAUACCCGCUCUCUGCUCAAUGCAUCCUAGCCUAGGGAAGUAGCUAGUGGAGUAGAGAGAAAGGGGUGGGCCUGAGAUGUCAAGGUGAGGUACAAUUGUCACCUGCGGGACAGCCACGGCUCCUGUGUCUGUUGGAAUGGACUGCCGUCUUGGUUGGCUGCUGGCUGCCAUUUUGGUCGGCAUUUCAACUUAUCCCGCUGUUCAUCAUGAUGGCUUUCGUUCUCCUUUCUUUCUGGCCGCCAUUUUAGUCGGUGUCUUGGCUUAUCCCAUUGGCCAUCACAUUGGCUACCGUUCCCCCCACUAUGUUACAAUAUUCUAAGUCGGGAUUGGUUGGAGGGUCAGUGGAGAUUGGGGGGGUCAGUUUGAGCUGUUCCCUUGGAGCCCCUCCCUUAAUUGGGAUACCGAGUUCAGUGAGGGGACUGUGGCCAGGAAGGGACUGCCCCUUUUCAGUGGCUUUUGGGCUUGGACAUUAAAGCUUCUCUCUCCCCUCUCA